CGCGCCUCACAGGCGGCGGCAGCGGCGGAGGCGACGGUGGCGGCUCUGAGAGCCGGCGCGAAUCCGGCCCCCGCAGCGGGACCCGGGCAGGUCUUGACGAGCCCUGCCUGGGCCGAAGCGUGCGGAGGAUGGAAACACUUGCCCGGCAAUGUCUCUGGGCCGCCUCCUUCGCCGGGCCUCCUCCAAAGCCUCGGACCUCCUGACCCUCACCCUGGCUGGCAGCGGCAGUGGGUCCCCUUCCGUCCUGGAUGGCGAGAUCAUCUACUCCAAGAACAAUGUCUGCGUGCACCCCCCAGAGGGGCUGCAGGGGCUGGGGGAGCACCACCCAGGUUACCUGUGCUUGUACAUGGAGAAGGAUGAGAUGCUGGGAGCCACCCUCAUCCUGGCGUGGGUCCCCAACUCUCGCAUCCAGAGGCAGGACGAGGAGGCCCUGCGUUACAUCACGCCAGAGAGCUCCCCGGUUCGCAAGGCACCCCGCCCUCGGGGCCGGCGUGCCCGGAGCUCGGGGGCCUCCCACCAGCCCUCCCCCACGGAGCUGCGGCCCACCCUGACCCCCAAAGAUGAGGACAUCCUGGUGGUGGCCCAGAGCGUUCCGGACAGUGUGCUGGCCAGCCCUGCGCCGGAGGACGAGGAGAAGCUGGCCCAGGGCUCGGGGGUGGACGGUGCCCGGCCGGCCUCGCAGCCUGCCCGCAGCCCCUCCGGGAUCUUGUCGACAGUCGGUUCGCAGGACGGCACCGAGGAGGGGCGGGAGCUGCGGCCCGAGGCCGGGGAGGAGGAUGGCUCCCUGGAGCUGUCCGCGGAGGGCGUGAGCAGGGACAGCUCCUUCGACUCGGACUCAGACGCCUUCUCCUCGCCCUUCUGCCUCUCACCCAUCAGCGCGGCGCUGGCCGAGAACCGCGGCUCCGUGUUUCUGGAAAGCGACAGCAGCCCCCCGUCCAGCUCCGACGCCAGCCUGCGCUUCCCGGACAGCAACGGCCUCCUGCAGACCCCGCGCUGGGACGAGCCACAGCGGGUGUGCGCCCUGGAGCAGAUCUGCGGCGUGUUCCGUGUGGACCUGGGCCACAUGCGCUCCCUCCGCCUUUUCUUCAGCGACGAGGCCUGCACCAGUGGCCAGCUGGUCGUCGCCAGCAGAGAGAGCCAGUACAAGGUCUUCCACUUCCACCACGGAGGCCUGGACAAGCUGUCUGACGUGUUCCAGCAGUGGCAAUACUGCACGGAAAUGCGGCUCCAAGACCAGGUCGCCCCCGAAAAGACCUGCAUGCAGUUCUCCAUCCGCCGCCCCAAGCUGCCGUCCUCCGAGACGCAUCCGGAGGAGAGCAUGUACAAGAGGCUGGACGUCUCCGCCUGGCUCAGCCACCUGAACGAGCUGGGCCAGGUGGAGGAGGAGUACAAGCUUCGGAAGGCCAUUUUCUUUGGCGGCAUUGAUGUGUCAAUCCGGGGGGAGGUCUGGCCGUUCCUGCUGCACUAUUACAGCCACGAGUCCACGUCGGAGGAGCGGGAGGCGCUGCGGCUGCAGAAGCGGAAGGAGUACUCUGACAUCCAGCGGAGGAGGCUCUCAAUGCCCCCCGAGGAGCACAGAGCAUUCUGGCGCAACGUGCAGUUCACCGUGGACAAAGACGUGGUCCGGACCGAUCGGAGCAACCAGUUCUUCCGAGGGGACGACAAUCCCAACGUGGAGAGCAUGAGGAGGAUCCUGCUGAACUAUGCCGUCUACAACCCAGCCGUCGGCUACUCCCAGGGCAUGUCGGACCUGGUGGCGCCCAUCUUGGCCGAGGUCCUGGACGAAUCGGACACCUUCUGGUGCUUUGUGGGUUUGAUGCAGAACACGAUCUUUGUCAGCUCCCCUCGGGACGAGGACAUGGAGAAACAGUUGCUGUACCUGCGGGAGCUGCUGCGGCUGACGCACGUGCGAUUCUACCAGCACCUGGUCUCGCUGGGCGAGGACGGCCUGCAGAUGCUCUUCUGCCACCGAUGGCUCCUGCUGUGCUUCAAGCGUGAGUUCCCCGAGGCCGAAGCGCUGCGGAUCUGGGAGGCCUGCUGGGCGCACUACCAGACAGACUACUUCCACCUUUUCAUCUGCGUGGCCAUCGUGGCCAUCUACGGGGAUGACGUCAUCGAGCAGCAGCUGGCCACAGACCAGAUGCUCCUGCACUUCGGAAACCUGGCCAUGCACAUGAACGGGGAGCUGGUGCUCAGGAAGGCGCGGAGUUUGCUGUACCAGUUCCGCCUCCUGCCCCGGAUCCCCUGCAGCCUGCAUGACCUGUGUAAGCUGUGUGGGACCGGCAUGUGGGACAGCGGCUGCAUGCCUGCCGUGGAGUGCACCGGCCUCCACCCCGGCUCCGAGAGCUGUCCCUAUGGGGGCACGGUGGAGAUGCCUUCUCCCAGGCCCCUGAGGGAAGGCAAGAAGGGCCCAAAGACGCCGCAGGACGGCUUCGGCUUCCGCAGAUAGGUUGGGCCCCCUGCAUUGGACAGGGGUUGAGGGGACCUCCCCGGAGGCCCUGGGCAUGGGAGGGGGUGGGGCUGGGCGUGGAGGGGAUAGGGGACGGUGGGAACCUAAGGAAAAUGCUUUUGGGCAAUGUGAGAGGAACCUUUUCAUAUUAGCAACAAAAUUCGGGUCCAGAAGUGACAGAAGUCAGACCUGCAGCCACCUGGAGGCAAGCCAGCUCCUGAAACGCUGUGGUGGAACAUAUGGCCACUGUGCCUGAGGUGCAGGCUGGCCAGGCUCUCCUGCUGGCUGCCCUGGAGGAUUUCGGCACGUCCAGGAUUUGCUCCAGCCUCUUGGGCAGCCAGACAGCAUUGCCAGGCAAUGGGGAGAGCAGAGAUGAGAGAAGGCGGCCUCGCUCACCCAGCAGCGGUGAGAGCUGCAGAACCGAGCGGGGUCCCGUCCAGGUCCAGGGACAUCUCUGCAAGCCAGACACACUUCCUCGUGAGCCCUCAUGCUCUCUGAGUGAGCCACACUUCCCACAGCUUCCCCAGCCGCAACUGGGAUGCCGAUGGAAAGACAUCUGCCAUUAAAAAAAACCCAGCAGCCCAACUGAUGUGGGGACGGAGAGGUGGAAGAGCCGAAGAGCAGUCAGGUUUGAGGAGCUGGGGCAUGUCGUGUUUAUCCGCUUAAACAUUUCGUCCUCCUGGGCCAUGAAGGGAACCACCCGCCUGCCCGGGAGCCUGAGCCUCAGGCUGCUGGAGAAGCAUCCGAUGUCAUUUUCUUAGCUGGGGGUCUUCUAUGUGACCUUGACACUGUUUAAGGUCACCCCCACCAAAAACAGCAGCCAGCUGGGGCUUGAGUGGGUCGCUGUGUGUGUGUGUCCCUGUGUGCAUGCGUGUUUGUGUUGGAAGAGCCUCUGAAGAUGAUCUGCUUUGUCCCAGGGACGUGGCAGUAUAUUAGCUGACCAGCCGAGACAAGGCCACCUGGAGAUAGACUCUUCACCUCCCUGCAAGGCCUGCAGUCUCUGCUGUGCACUCAGAUAUACACGUCAGCUUCUCAGGUGGUCCGGCGUGAGAGAGACCACAUUGAAGGAGCCAGCACUCAGGACUCUGCCUUCCCGACACACUCUCCCUCCUCCAAAAGACUGUAUGUCAGCUGCUCCUUCUGGAAUUUAGAGAUGGACAGACAAGGGCAUGCGAUCUCUGCCGUGAGAGCCUCCAGCCAGCUUAGACGUGUUGAGCCAUUCGCACAGAAAGCUACUCCUUGAGCAGGGAGACCAAAUCUCUCCUGAAAUCCUCCACUGCGUCUUUCUGGGGGGAAACCCCUUGAUGUGCUGAGAACCAUCAUGGGGACAGGGACAGGGGGCUUCUUCCCACUUGAAGCUUUUCUCCCUGAAGGGUGGGCACUGCUGGACCAUGCCACGUCAAAGCCGUGUUUCUCUGCAGGGAAGAGGAGGACACCACUUACCGGCCUCCUCCUCUUCCUCCUCAGCUUCUCAUUUCUCCAUGAGCCCAGGUCCUCCAGCAGGCAAUCCCAAGUUCCCAGGUCCGUCUGUCCAAGAGCCUUUUGGAGAGACUUUCCUGGAGCCCCAUCAGUGCCCAGAUCCUGGGGUACCGACCAUUACUGUCCAGCAGUGGGGGUCCUGUGACAGGGGUGGGGUGGGCUUCUCAUCCACUUUGCUUCUGGGAAGAGAGGGCUGCCUUUCUGGGCUGGCUCCUGGUCUGUUAGGGAGGUGGCUGGAGCUUCUGCCGACCCCCCAAGAAACCAGUUCUCUCCAUUGCCACAGCCAUGCUGUGUGAUGAAUCCCGAAGCACUCGGUGGCUUGCAACAGUCAGCACUGACCUAGACCAGGAGUCAGCAGUCUGGGCGGGGCAGUUCUGCCGGUCUAGGCUGGGUUUGUUUGGGGCCAGUGGGCUGCCAAGUCCCAGGAGAUGCUCCUGGUGCAGAGGUCAGACCUGGCACUGCUCUGUGGCCUCUUCUGUCCCUCCUGCAGACCAGCCAUGGCGGAGCCAAAGGCAGGAAAGGAGAGACGGCCAGUACCUCCCCAAGCCUCGGCAGACAGCACACCUGCAGCCCUCCCCUGGGCCACAGCAAGCCAUGUGGCUGGGCUCAACGUUAAGGGGUGGGGGGCGGACCUGCCACUUGAGUGUCCCCUCUGCACAGUCGGGUGGCAGUAGACUGAGAAUUUGGAGGGCUGAAGAAUGGGGACUCCAGGGAGUCUGUGUCCUAAUAACUCCUGCUUCGGCACUCCUUCCCCACUCCCCCUCUCCAGGAGAACGGUCCCUGCAUUUCACUAGAUACCUUGUGCCUUUGAGCUGCUGUUUGGGAGGGAGGAAGAGGGUGGCCAGGUCCAGGGCUCCCCUCGCUUAGGAAGGUCCUGCAGAAGCCAUUCCUUCUGAGUCUCCUGGCCCUACAGCUUCUCACCUCUGUUGCUCCCCAAGACCUGACCCAGACCCAUCAGCCGCAUCUCCGCACCAAGUGCCACCCCCGCCGGGCACUGCUCACACCUCACGCUCCCCAUGGGCUGGCCCGGACCCUAGUGAGGCCUGCACCUCUCAGAUCAGCCAGGACCUCGGAAGCCCUGACCUGGGUAUUCAGGGCUCCAUGGAGGAGACGCUGCUGGGGGUGGAGAAGCCCCGCCCUCCGCAACUCCCUUAAUCUGGAUGCAAUUAGAGGAAAGCAGCCAAAGGCCUGCGGCAGCUGUUGCCCCGGGAUUAUUCCCAGCCAGCAAGAGGCAUUAGGGCGAUAAUUCAGUCAUUAGACUUCUAGCCUUCCCACCGCCAGAACGUGCAAAUGGGGGAUAAUCAGCCCUGCACGGCCGUCCUCAGCAAUGCCGCUUAUUUAACCCAUUUUUUAAAAUGACACUUAAUGUUAUUGGCUGGCGGACGUGUGUGCGCAUACUUACAAGUUGACGUGUGGUGC